UUAGGGCUGAACUUUCAUCUGUCACGACAACAAAGUAACAACUUUCCUCCAUGGAGAGAAAAAAUCUGUAACUUAUUGUGAGGAUAAACCAAUGGAAACAACACCUAACAACAACGAGAAGCCGACGUUAACUCCAGACCCAGGAGGACAGAAGCAUGAUCAGUCACCAGCAGAGAAAGUGUUUGGUCGACAGCUGAGUGAACCAGGGCGCUUUGCGUACGCUGGGUUAUGUGGAGUGUCUUUGGGCCAGCUCUUUCAGGGACCUGAGCAAAAAUGUUUUCGUGAGAUGUAUCUGCAGGGUCUUGUUCAGUGGCUGGAUCUUGAUGAGUCGGUCAUGACGGUUAUGCAAGCGUUCCUGGCAGGGCUCGGGUUCGAAGGCACUGACACCUUCCUGUCCAUCUUGCAUGCAGAGCCGCUGCUCAGAGCCGGAGCUUUACUCAUCACUCAGGAUCUUGUGUCAUUCUCAGUCAGAGAUGGACAUUAUGAUGCCAGGGCUCGAGUUCUGAUCCGACAUGUCAGCUGUCUGCUGCGUGUGACCCAACAGCAGCUGGAGGAUUUCGAAGAGACUCUCGGAGAGAAAUUGAGAGAGUCAGGAGAGGAGAGCGAAGAAGAGUCAUCAAGAAGGCAGAAGAAAGAGAGAGGUCGUAAAUUGCGCCGGUACCUGCUCAUCGGACUUGCCACUGUGGGUGGAGGAACAGUAAUUGGUGUUACAGGAGGGUUGGCAGCUCCUCUGGUGGCUGCUGGGGCAGGAGCGGUGCUAGGAGCGGGUGGAGCCGCUGUGCUGGGAUCAGCCACGGGCAUCGCCAUCAUGGCUUCCUUGUUUGGAGCCGCAGGGGCCGGGUUAACAGGCUAUAAAAUGAACAAGCGUGUCGGCGCUAUAGAGGAGUUUGAGUUUCUUCCGAUGAGUUCUGGAAAGCAUCUUCAUCUCACUAUAGCCGUGACAGGCUGGCUGUGCAGCGGCAAAUACAGUUCGUUUCAGGCUCCCUGGUCCAGUCUAGGAGCGUGUGGCGAGCAGUACUGUCUGAAAUGGGAGUCGCGUUAUUUAUUGGACCUGGGCUCUAUUCUGGACUCAUUAUGGGAUGGGCUUGUUAGUGUUGUGGCUCAGGAGGCCCUCAAAUACACAGUGCUCUCAGGCAUAGUAACGGCUCUGACAUGGCCUGCGUCUCUGCUGGCUGUGGCCAGUGUGAUCGACAACCCCUGGGGAGUGUGCCUGAGCCGAUCAGCAGAGGUGGGAAAACACCUGGCCCAGGUGCUCCGGAGCCGACGGCAGGGAAAGCGGCCUGUCAAUCUAAUUGGCUUUAGCCUUGGAGCUCGUGUCAUCUACUUCUGCCUAGAAGAGCUCGCUAAUGAUCAAGGUAGUGAAGGUGUGGUGGAGGAUGUGGUGUUGCUGGGGGCCCCUGUGGACGGAUCGGAGAAAGCAUGGCAGCGACUGUCCAGGGUAGUGGCUGGGAAGAUUGUUAAUGGAUAUUGCAAAGGGGAUUGGCUUCUUGGAUUCCUGUAUAGAAGUUCAUCUGUCCAACUGUCUGUUGCUGGGCUGCAGCCAAUCAGUUCGCAAGACCGCAAAAUAAUCAAUGUUGAUCUGUCAUCAGUGGUAAAAGGACACCUGGACUACAUGCGUCAGAUGGACACCAUCCUAGUAGCAGUAGGGGUUCCUACCAGGGAAGAAGCUGGAGCCCUGAGUGGCAAACUACAGCUGGUACAUUUAUCUCAGGAAAAAACAGGCACUCCAGAACCAGCUGGUCAGAGCAGAGUCAAGGGGGAACCAUCCAUGGACAUUUCAAACAAUGAUACCUCAGACACCACAGAGACAAAUGUAAAUGAAUACAAGAAACAGACUGGAGACAAGGAACGGUGUGAGAGGAAGGACUCUGAGAAUGGCUGGGAUAUCCCUGAUAUAUCUGAUUUAUUGGACUCCAUCAGUGAAUGUGAUGGCAUCCCUGAACCCUGUCAAGGGAACGCGCAUUCGCCAUGUGCUCUCGGAGUCAAGGAUCAUGUUGAACCAUCUCAAGAUGAAGGCAAAAUAGACAGAGAAGAUGAAAGUGACACAUACUGUGAGCACACGUCCUGGGACUGGGAUGACACGAACUGGACUACUGAACGCACAAACACAACCUACCAGUCGCACACUGAAGCACAUGAAUAGUUAGUCAUUGGCAAACCUGCUGGUUCUGAGCCCAUGAGCAAUGAAAUCGUGACAUUUCCAUAAUUCACAACUCAAAAAAUGCGGGUCGGGUCUAGAUGGUAUACCUUGUUCCAAGAAACUCUCCUGAGAGUCGCAUUUGCUGCUACCAGGAUUGAGGGUUGGGCGUAGGGUCGCUGUGGAACUCAAAUAAACACAGUGUUUGAAUGUCACAUGUGAAUCUCACUAGACUUUUGGCAGAAGAAGGGUUACCAUCUAGACACCACCCAGAAUGUAAGUUAGCAAUAUAAGCUAGAAUCAACUGGAACCUUGUCUUUUUGCCAUUCUGAUAUUGGCUAAUAAUAUUAUUUAAGUUAUUUGUGGAUAUCAUCUCUAAUUAUUAUUGAUUUUUUAAGCACUGCUCAAUAUAAUUUGUGAUAAACUGCUAUGUGAAAACUAUCAGUAUUUCAUGUAUACCAUUUUCCCCCUUCAUUAGAAGUGGUUUGCUGUUUAAUUAAGAUGUGAAUUCUAGUUCCACAGACAACCCACUUGACAUUGUGUGAAGUAUUAGUGAGAUUUCUUUCACUCUCGUCUGCUUUAUCCAUCUGUUGUUUUGGUUGUUAUGGUAAUGAAUGAACUGGGAUGCUUGUUGAGUCUGUUCAAAAUGUACAAUCUCUAUGAUCUGCCUUGAGGAGCGAUGCAGCCUUCCAGUUUAGGCAUGACUAUCCCAUUAACACUUAUCCCAUUGAUUUUUUUUUUUUUUAGCAUUGUAUGUUUCAACGUUUUUUUCAUAAACCUAUAGUUAUAAGUCACAUAUCUUGCUGUCCACAGUAUAUUGCACUUCUUUUGUUGUCUCAGUUGGCGUAUCAAUCGUCUAAUGUAUCGACCUGGUUGGGCAGCAGCAGAGGCAGGUCAAUCCCAGCGUGUUCCACAUCGAGAAGGUUAACAGCAUCUGUUGCCGUCGCCGGUAGUUGUGGCGGUUCAGACACAAGGGAGGGGGGUUCAGUGGGUAGUUGUGGCUCCCCUGAGUUGCGUAGAGAAAGGGAAAGUGGCAGCGAUGGCCUACGAGGGGCUUGAGAUGAAGAACAGCAGGGUAGAAGCCGUGCCAAAGCCCUUUUGAAAUCCCUCAUGAACAUUGGGUAUAUAAUUGGAUUCAUGGUGCUGUUACAGUAGCCCAGCCAGGUGAUGGCAUCGAAGAAGGAAGAUGGUACACACUCACACACCGCCUGAAUGUACAGAAGAAAAGGUCUUAGAUCACAAAAUCAAUACAUAACGUAGGUGAGACUCAAAACCAAAGAGGUGGAAAAGGUCAA